GGUGCGGCUGAAGAGCCUCUGCCUCCCUCACCUAAAUCCAAGGCCAAAAAGCCAAUGAAAACUCUAAAGGCAAGGGGAUCACUUUCUCCUUGUUCUUCCACCCACCCUUUGGUUUCCAAUAUGCCGCGGAAAUCUUCCCUUUUCAAACAUACCCUUAUCGCCACCGUCUUCUUCCUCCUCGCCAUCUACGCCUUCUUCUCCACCUUCUUCCACUCACCUCUCUCUUCCUCCGACUCUUCUUCCUCUUCUUUCCUUGACCUCGAUCGUCUUUCUUCCCAUGAAAACCCCAAUAAUUUCCCCCAGAAAGUCAAGGUUUUUAUGUACGAUCUCCCUCACAAGUUCACCUACGGCAUCAUCCAGCACCACUCCCUCGCGCGUGGUGGAUCUCCCGUCCCUGAUGUAACCACCCUCAAAUACCCCGGUCACCAGCACAUGCACGAGUGGUUCCUCUUCUCCGACCUCUCCCGUCCCCAAUCCGACCGCCUCGGAUCCCCCGUCAUUAAAGUCUCCGACCCGGAGGAAGCCGACCUUUUCUACGUUCCUGUCUUUUCUUCAUUGAGCUUGAUUGUUAACGCGGGACGCCCUCCCGGUUCUGGGUCGGAUUACAGCGACGAGGAAAUGCAGAACCAGCUGGUGGAUUGGCUCAAGGGGCAUGAGUAUUGGAAGAGGAAUAGUGGAUGGGAUCACGUCAUUAAUGCAGGAGAUCCCAAUGCGCUUUAUCGGGGCGUGGAUCAUGUCAAGAAUGCUGUGCUGUUGGUUUCGGAUUUUGGGCGGUUGAGGCCAGAUCAAGGGUCAUUGGUGAAGGAUGUCAUAAUUCCUUAUUCGCAUCGGAUCAGUGCUUAUACAGGAGAUUUUGGGGUGAAAGACAGGACGACUUUACUAUUUUUCAUGGGAAACCGGUACAGAAAAGAGGGAGGCAAAAUUCGUGAUUUGCUUUUCCAAAUACUUGAAAAUGAGGACGAUGUUGUAAUAAAACAUGGAACACAAUCCAGAGAGAAUAGAAGAGCAGCUUCACGUGGGAUGCACACUUCAAAGUUCUGUUUGAAUCCUGCGGGAGAUACUCCAUCAGCUUGCAGACUCUUUGAUUCUAUAGUUAGCUUGUGUGUGCCUGUGAUAAUCAGCGAUAACAUUGAGUUGCCUUUUGAAGAUGUUAUAGACUACAAGAAGUUUGCUGUAUUUGUAGAAACUACAACUGCACUAAAACCAGGAUAUCUUGUUUCACUGCUGAGAAAAGUAUCUGAAGAGCAAAUAAUUGAAUAUCAGAAAGCAAUGAAAGAGGUGAGGCGGUAUUAUGACUAUACUCAUCCAAAUGGAACAGUAAAUGAAAUAUGGCGACAAGUCUCCCAAAAGCUUCCUCUGAUAAAGUAUAUGAUUAAUCGUGACAAGCGACUUACUAAGAGGGAGUUGAGUGAACCCAAUUGCUCUUGUCUUUGUUCAAACCAGACAGGGAUUAUCAACUCCGUAUGAUAACAUCAUGUUUUGCGGAUCCUUGAAGUUCAUUUCUCUCAAAUGGCCGUCCUAACAAAAUCCUACUUUGAAUAUUCGCUGCUAAACCUGGCAAGUAGGCUUGAGGAAUAAGUUAUGGUAUAAUGAGGUUGUCUUCCAGUGCUAGAUGUAGGGAAAUUUGCCUUGGUAGAAAUGCUUUAUUGCAUACAUUGUUGUUGAGUAUAUUUGAGAUUUAAGGUAUAGUUUUCAUUGUAAUUUGAUUGGUGCAUGU